AUGAACCAGACAAAGGUCACUGGGGAGGAAAAAUCCACAGAAAGAAGAGCGGAAGCAGUGGCAGCAUCACAGCUGGAUGCUACCACCAGCGGAACAAACGAGCAGGAUAAAAAUGUAAACCUGGCCCAAGUGGAAGAUGGAAACAUAAAGGUCACCGAAGAGAAUUUGGCUGAACUGGGACUGGAUGACCUUUCAUUGGACGAUAAGACCGCAGGUGAUGACCUUUGGGCAACUCCAAUGGUCUCAGACGAAUCGAACGAGUCCUACUUCACGGAUGAUGAAGCAACGAUGAAUAUGUCUUUUCAAACUGCCAUGAAGGAAGCUGACCGUGCUGAAGGUAUGACACCAUUCAAGGACAUACCGGAGCACCUCAUUGAACGGACAAAAACUGGAAAGGUCAUCAGUGUACGACCACCGUCACCGAACAGUCCCACGUCAACUUUGAGGAGACGUGUCAGUGAAUUGGAAAAUGAACUUGAAGUCAAUGAACGUCAAGCGGAUAAGCGAAAACAGGAAUACCGGGAAAGACUGACGACACUUGAAGCACGCCUGUUCGAUCUGGAGCAGCAACAGGGUGACCUUCAAAGUGCCGCAGACGUUAGUGACCUUAAUGAGAGCAUGUCAGAAGAAUCAGCGGAAAGGUCACGGCACUUAGCCGAAUUGAAGGAUGAAUGUGCCUCACUGAAACUUAAGGUCACCGAAGCGGAAGCCAAGCGAGAUGAAUACGCGGCCAAACUCGUUGACGCUACUCAACGAUUGUUGACAAACACCAAUGAGGUGUUUAAGCUGAGAAACGAAUUGAAGUUACGGGACGAGAACAUCGGAACCCUUCAAAAAGAAUCACAGGAUCAUCAGAGGAGAGCCGACGACGCUGUCAAAGUGGCUAAGGACCUGAGGGAGCUUAAAGCCACUGAAGGUGUGCGGUUGAAGAACGAAAUUAAGCAGGUGAUGGAAGAGAACAAGUCGUUGAAAGAAGAUGUUCAAAAGGUCACCGAAGAGAAUACCGAGUUGAAAAAGACUGCUAAGACAAUUGCCGAGCAAGGCAUGAGGUGGGAACACGAGGCACACCUCCUGGAUGAAAAGGUCACGGUACUUGAACUGAAAGAUAAGGAGUGGCAACAAUCAGUCCACCAGAAGACGCAGGAGAUUAUCAAGCUCAACACGGAGCUGAUUGAUAUGACCCAAACGGUGAUGACAAGAGAAGAUGAGGUCACCCAGACGAAAAAACCAACUGAAAGCAGCAGUCGAGGAAUACACGAAGCUGGAAAGGGAUGUGACCCAGUUGGCGGAACACAUUAA